AUGGCCAAACCUUCCAUGGCUAUUAAUUUCGAUUCCAACUCUACCCCUAUCCAUAUCAAACAAGAACAACACCACUCACCAACACCGCCACAACCACAACCAUCACAACAACCACCAAUUGUCAAAACUGAGCCACCAGACCUUCUAAUUGAAAUAGCACAACCACCACCACAAUCACCACCCAAAGAACCUCAAUUUUUGAAAUCAAUUAACGACCUAACCAAUUUAUCAGCUGCAAUUGAUAAUUUCAAAAAACGAUUCGAUGAGUUGCAGAAUCACCUCAAUUUCAUCGACAACGCAAUAACCGCUCGCUCCAAUGAACUCAAACCAAAAGCACAGCAGCUGCAACCAACUCAAACAGAAAAAUCAGCACCGUCGUCUUCGGUGGCGGUAGCUGUAACUGAAACAACAAAAAUAACGGAAACUGAAACCGCUGCGGCAGCACCAGCAACGGAGAAAUCGGAAAUAAGGAGCUUGUGUGAAAUGAUGUGCGGAAGAGGGUUGCGGAAAUAUGUAGUCUCGAAUCUAUCCAAUGUGGAUAAGCUUCGAGAAGAAGUUCCGGCAGCGUUAAAAUGCGCUCCGAAGCCGGCUAAAUUAGUGUUAGAUUGUAUAGGGAGGUUUUAUUUACAAGGUAGUAAAGCUUACGAGAAAGAGUCUCCGAUGAUCACAGGGAGAGAAGCGUCGAUUUUGGUUUUGGAAUUUUUUUUGUUGAUUAGUGACAGUGAGAAUGCAAUGGAGGCUGCAGUGAAGAAAGACGCGGAACAGGCGGCUGUAUCUUGGAGAAAGAGAUUGAUUAGUGAAGGUGGUGUGAGGAAUAGCGGCGAGAUUGAUGCCAAGGGUUUGCUGUUGUUAAUUGGAGGGUUUGGGAUACCGAAGUUGUUUAGUGAUGAGGAUGUUUUUGAUUUGGUUAAGUUGAGUAAUUCUAGGCAGUUCGCAGAUUUGAUUCGAAGAUCGCGAUUUCUUGUUACUAGGGUUACAGUAACAGAUCUCCUAUGUGGAGAGAUUUUAAACAUGGCGGUUGCUUACAUUGAUAGAAAAUCAUUCUUUAAAACAAUCACUGAAAGGGCUAGAUUAAGGUGUGAUUCCAUGAUGAACUCAGAUAUCAUAGAGAGAAUGUUGAAGAAAGGAAUGAAAGUUGAAGCUGUUGAUGUGGCUUGUAUAUUUGGAAUGGAGGACAAGUUUUCUGUUCAAAAACUAUUGUUUUUAAUUGUGCAAGAGUCUAAAGAACCAUUGAAGGGGAGAAAAAGAGAAGCAAAUAAUUCACCUGCCAUAGAGAAAGAAGCAAAGGAAAAGCAGUUGAUUGCUCUGAAAUCUGUGGUGAAGUUUCUUGAAGAACACCAGCUUGACCCUACAGAGGUUCUUCCUGGUUGCCAACUUGAAGAAAAGAUAAUUGAGCUGGAGAAAGAUAUUGCUAAUCUUAAUAAAAAAAUAAACAAGCAGCCUUUGUCUAAGAGACCAGCAAAUGUGAAUGAGGUGUCAAAUUACUGGAAGAGUCAAGAAACAAAACGGCGACGAUUUGCAGAGAAAGGUUCACCCCUGAUCUCUCCAGGUGUAGGGUUGCCUGAUCAAAUAGCUGCUAGCUACAUGGAUGGACAGAGCUCACAUAACAAUAUGAUGCGAUUGAAUGGUGGAUUCCCUGGUCUUGUCAACAAUAGUCCUGCUGGCACAUCUUCUGUGUAUGGAUCUGGUCUAGGGCCUUUUCCUGAAAAUUUUCUGGGCGCAACAGCAGCAAGUGGAGUUGGUCUGUCAGCUGCAUAUGGUGGAUCUGCUGGAGUUCGCAGGGAAAUGCUAGUUGAGGGGACUGGGCAAGUAAUAGAUGACAAUCUUCCACUCUAUGCAUGGCAUAGGGCUGGGGUGACUGCCCUAAAUGGUGGUUCAGUGGGAUAUCGGCAUCCUGCAUCUGGUUUGUUUGGACAAUCACCAUCAAUAGAAGGCUUUGCUGGUCAGCCUAAUUCCCCGCCUGCUGUUGCUGCUAAUGGAAGCUCCGCCCCUGACCUGUAUGGGUUUGCUGAUGCUCCCUCCCUCGCUGCUAAGCAGAGUGAAGCCUCUGACCGUUAUGGGUUUGCUGAUGCUCCUACUGUCACUGCUAAUCAGACUGCAGCCUCUGAUCUCUAUGGAUUUGCUGAUGCAGUAGUGGAAGGUGCAUAUGGUAGCACUCGGCACACUGGUCCAUUGCCUCUUGGUUUGGGAUCUCAUUAUUCGUCUUACAUGCGAUAA